CGGGCCGGGGCGGGGCCUCGAGACCGGUUUGGAAUUUUUGGCGCGAGCCGGCUCCGCGCGCGUUCACGGGCCGUUCCUCAUCUGGGAGAGCCUUCCGCCGGGACGUCGGGAGUCGUCGACCACAGACCCUGGCCCACUUGACCGCCCCGAGGCCUCCCGCCGCCUCUACCGACCUGGAAUUUGGGACCUCGUUGCUGCGCCCCGCCCAGCCGCCCAGUUGUUCUCCAGGGUAUUCCCACGCCCACGGAGAGAAUUCCGCCGCCGCCCUGCCCCGGAGGAACUCACAGUCUAGCUGUAGACGGUGGUCAGCAGAUGUGUCCGGCUCAGUGAGAGGGAUCUCCCUAAGUUGCUUAGGGCCUCGCCAAAUUCUGAGCGGCCUCGAACUUGUGAUCCUCCUGCCUCGGCCACCUGAGCUGCUAGGAUUACAGGUGCUUGUGGUCCCCGCAGCCUUCAUGUGGAAAGUAGAACGUGCGAGCAGUGUAGACUGGGCUCUCUUGGGGGCCACAGCACCAGGUGUUUUUUGAGUGGACACACUGCUCGACCUCCGUCUCUCUGCCCCCAGGGCCUCCUGUGCUGGCCAUGCCUGUGCCUGCUGAGGGUACCCCACCACCUCUAAGUGGCACCCCUGUCCCAGUCCCAGCCUACUUCCGCCAUGCAGAGCCUGGCUUCUCCCUCAAGAGGCCUGGGGGGCUCAGCCGAAGCCUCCCACCCCGGCCCCCUGCCAAGGGUAGCAUCCCAAUUAGUCGUCUCUUUCCUCCUCGGACCCCGGGUUGGCAUCAGCCCCACCCCCGGAGGGUGUCAUUCCGGAAUGAGGCUUCAGAAACCCUGCAGAGCCCUGGGUAUGACCCGAGCAGGCCAGAAUCCUUUUUUCAGCAGAGCUUCCAGAGGCUCAGCCGCCUGGGCCAUGGAUCCUAUGGAGAGGUCUUCAAGGUGCGCUCCAAGGAAGAUGGCCGUCUCUAUGCGGUCAAACGUUCUAUGUCGCCAUUCCGGGGUCCCAAGGACCGGGCCCGCAAGCUGGCUGAGGUAGGCGGCCACGAGAAGGUGGGGCAGCAUCCGCGCUGCGUGCGGUUGGAGAGAGCCUGGGAGGAGGGCGGCAUCCUGUACCUGCAGACGGAGUUGUGCGGGCCCAGCCUUCAGCAACACUGUGAAGCCUGGGGCGCCAGCCUGCCUGAGACCCAAGUCUGGGGCUACCUUCGAGACACUCUGCUUGCUCUGGCCCACCUGCAUGGCCAAGGCCUGGUUCACCUUGAUGUCAAGCCUGCCAACAUCUUCCUGGGGCCCCGGGGCCGCUGUAAGCUAGGUGACUUUGGCCUGCUGGUGGAGCUGGGUGCCACUGGAGCCAGUGAGGCCCAGGAGGGAGACCCCCGCUACAUGGCCCCCGAGCUGCUGCAGGGCUCCUACGGGACAGCGGCAGAUGUGUUCAGUCUGGGUCUCACCAUCCUGGAAGUGGCCUGCAACAUGGAACUGCCCCAUGGUGGAGAGGGCUGGCAGCAGCUGCGCCAGGGCUACCUGCCUCCUGAGUUUACUGCUGGUCUGUCUGCUGAGCUGCGUUCUGUCCUCGUCAUGAUGCUGGAGCCUGACCCCCAGCUGCGGGCCACGGCUGAGGCCCUGCUGGCCCUGCCCAUGCUGAGGCAACCAAGGCCCUGGAACAUCCUGUGGUGCAUGGCUGCUGAAGCCCUAAGUCGAGGCUGGGCUCUAUGGCAAGUAAGCUGCCACAGUGCCAAGCCAUGUUACCUGACGCCCACCCCAGGGCCUGCCUGGCUUCUUGAGGUUUCCUCUCCCCCACAGGCUCUGCUCACCCUGCUGUGCUGGCUUUGGCACAGCCUAGCUCACCCUGCCAGCUGGCUGCAGCCCCCAGGUCCACCAGCCACCCCACCUGGCUCACCACCCUGCAGCCUCCUGGAUAGCAGCCUCUCCAGCAGCUGGGAUGAUGACAGCAUAGGGCCUUCGCUCUCCCCAGAGGCCAUCCUGACCCGGGCUGCCAGGAGUACUUCCACCCCCCGGGGCAGGUACACACCAAGGGAUGCCCUGGACCUAAGUAACAUGGACUCAGAGCUUCCUCGGGGUUCCUGUCCUUCCUUUGAGCCUAGGAACCUCCUCAGCCUAUUUGAGGACUCACUGGACCCAGCCUGAGCUGUAGGUCCAGCUUCUGUACUUUUAACCUCUUACUCCUUCCCUGUCCCUUCCCCUGGAAAGCUGGGUCCCUUUGGGAUCUACUGUGUCUAAUAAAAAGUAUUUGAAUCUUGGGAGCACCCAAGCUUGCUCUAGUGGCAA